UCUGCUGCUUAUCACUGUGAAGAGGAGCCAUGAAAGUACUGAAAUCUGUUAAGUUUUUAUUUAUUGCAUCACUGUCAUGUGUAAUAGACGUUUGUUGGCCGCAGCGCAACUCAGGAACUCAGCAAAUUCGCUUGGUUGGAACAAGAGUACCUAAUGAAGGUCGCCUGGAGAUUCUGUACAAUGGUCAGUGGGGUACAGUUUGUGAUGAUGACUUCAACUUAGAGACUGCUCAUGUCAUCUGUAAGCAAUUGGGAUUUGAAAUGGCGGUUACUUGGGCGCAUAGCGCGAAAUAUGGACAAGGGGAAGGACCUAUCUGGUUAGAUAAUGUUCGCUGUACUGGAGAGGAGAGUUCUAUCGCAGAGUGUGAAUCUAAUGGAUGGGGAGUUACUGACUGCAAACACUCAGAGGAUGUGGGGCUUCUUUGCACUGCAAGUCGGCUACGUUUGUCAGAGCAACCACAGACCAUCAGCAUAAAGUACACAAAGAAAAUCGAGGAGGUCCGAAUUAAGCCCAUUUUAGCACGUGCAAAGGCAAGUGUCCCUAUCACAGAAGGUGUAGUCGAAGUAAAACACCAAGGUCGUUGGAGACAAGUGUGUGACCAAGGCUGGACUAUUAGUAAUAGCAGAGUUGUAUGCGGAAUGCUGGGAUUUCCAGGAGAGGUACCGCCAAAUGAUAGGUUUUACAGGAAACUUUGGAAUUUGAAGAUGAAAGCUCCUAAAGCUAGGCUAAAAACUCUCAGUAAAAAGAAGAUGUUCUGGAUUCACAAAGUCAGUUGCGCAGGAAAUGAGCCUCACUUGGCUAAUUGUAAUGUCCAGAUUUCUCCUAAACAUUUGAAACCUGCAUGUCACAAUGGGAUGCAUGCCAUAGUGAAAUGUGUGGCCGCACCUCAGUACAGCUCUGGGCAUGGGAAUACAUACAAGAAAGCAUUUAGAGCAAUGGUAGGUGAGCCUUUGGUGAGACUCAGGGCAGGGCCACUAGCAGGAGAAGGAAGGGUAGAAGUAUUAAAGAAUGGAAAGUGGGGAACCAUUUGUGAUGACAAGUGGAACCUUGUCUCCGCCAGUGUUGUAUGCAGAGAACUCGGAUUUGGAUCUGCCAAGGAGGCCAUUACUGGAGGCCAACUUGGGCAAGGUCUUGGUCCUAUACAUAUGAAUGAAGUCGUCUGCACAGGCCGGGAACGUUCCAUCACUGAGUGCAAGUUCAAAGAGGCAAGUCAAGUUGGUUGUCAGCACGAGGAAGAUGCAGCUGUGAGAUGUAAUGUUCCUCAAAUGGGAUAUAACACUCAGAUACGUUUGAUGGGGGGAAGAUCAAAUGAGGAAGGCACCGUGGAAGUGUUGGUCAGUGUUAAAGGCGUAAAGAAGUGGGGUGCCAUAUGCGGAGAACUCUGGGGCAUUAAUGAAGCCAUGGUUGUGUGCAGGCAACUUGGACUGGGGUUUGCCAACCAUGCUGUGCAGGAGACUUGGUACUGGCAAGGAACGCCAGGUGCUGGCGAGGUGGUUAUGAGUGGGGUUCGUUGUUCUGGAACCGAACUAUCUAUUCAGCAGUGUCGUCAUCACGGCGUUGUGCAUUGCCCAAGAGGGGGAGGUCGACAUUCUGCUGGGGUUACCUGCACAGAACAUGCACCGGACCUGAUUUUAAAUGCACAAUUGGUUCAGGAGUCGGCUUACUUAGAAGAUCGCCCCCUUAGCAUGCUUGAGUGUGCUCACGAGGAGGAAUGCCUCUCUAAAUCAGCAGAUGAUAUGGCCUGGCCAUAUGGACAUCGCAGAUUGCUACGUUUCUCAUCACAAAUCCACAAUGUAGGGAGAGCUGAUUUCACUCCAAGGAAUGGAAGGCACACCUGGGUCUGGCAUGAAUGUCAUAGACAUUAUCACAGUAUUGAAGUUUUUACCCACUAUGACCUUAUGACCGUCAAUGGCACCAAAGUCGCUGAAGGCCACAAAGCUAGUUUUUGCUUAGAGGACACAAAUUGUGCAAAAGGAAUACAGAGACGUUAUGAAUGUGCUAAUUUUGGAGAGCAAGGGAUAACUGUUGGCUGCUGGGACACUUAUCGACAUGAUAUUGAUUGCCAAUGGGUGGAUAUUACAGAUGUUCGUCCAGGAGACUACAUGUUCCAGGUAAUUAUAAACCCAAAAUAUGAGGUGGCAGAGUCAGAUUUCACUAAUAAUGUGAUGAGAUGUCGGUGUAAGUACGAUGGUCACCGUAUCUGGAUGUACAACUGUCACACAGGUGAUGCGUAUAGUGCCGACUUGGAAGAAAACUUUGAACGCCAGCAAAGACUCACAAAUAACCUUGUGUAG